CGCCGAGGACACUAUUAUCAGCCUCUCCGUCUCGUUCCUGAUCGCGCGCGCGGUCGUCAGCCCAGCCACGGCUGCGCCCAUCGGGCACGCUCUGAGCGUCGAUGCGUGGGGGCCGCCCACCAGCUCCGCCGGGCACGCGGCGGAGGUGCUGCGGCUGCUGGGCGCCGCGCUGCUGCUCGGCGUGGCGGCCGCGCUCCUCGGGGCGACCCGCCGCGGCGGCCGCGCGAGGGCGCUGUGCGAGGCUGUCGCGGCCUCCGCAUCUGCCUGGACCGCGCUCGCCGGCUUGCUUGCGGGGCUGCGCAGUGAGGCCUUCGGCGCGGCGCGCGGCCCCCUCGCGGCCGUGCACUUGGCCCUGGUCUGCACCACGGUGGCGUUCGCUGGCGCGGUGGCCGUUCGCCCUUCCGAGCAGUCCACGGAGGCGCUCGGUCUGCUGUCGGGGCUCGCCUGGGCCGGCGCGUGCGGGAAGGCGCUGGCAACCGCGGUUUUCAGGGCCCCGGGCGUGCCCGGCGUGCCGGCGGCUGCGCUGGAGCAGGCGCUGGGCGUGCUGGUCUGCGCCAUGGUGGUGCCGACCUGGCGGCUGGCCGCCCUGCCCAAGCAGCCAUCCGCGGACGUCCAGAGCGAGCAGAGCUGCGCGCGGGCGGCGCCGCCUGAGCUCGUCGGCGGAGGGUACGCCCCGCCUCUUCCCGGGGGCGGCCCCGAGCUGACGGAGCGGCGGGUUCCGGGCGGCCAAGGCAGCGGCCCAGGGGUCGCGGGCGAGGACGCGAUGUCCGUCCUGCACGGGCCCGGCGCGCGGGAGAAGGCCCUGGCGCACGUGGUGCGGCGGCCACCGACCGAGCAGGAGACGGAGCACGCGCGGCGGGGGGAGGCGACGCGCGGCGUGCACCAGCGCUCCCUGACCGAGCAGUUGCGGGAGGCCGACGCCGCCAUGUCCUGUCUGCGCGCCACGCUCAACGCGAGCGCGGACGAGGAGGACAGGGGCUCUGCCGCCGGCGUGGCGGCCGCGCGCCCGGCCAGUCCCGCCUGCAGCAUGCCGCGGUCGACCGACGGCAAGGCGAGUGACCCAGACCGGCCGCCCCUGUUGAGAACGAUGAAGAGGAUCUCCGUGGCGCAAAGCGCGAUCAAGAAGGACUUGCGGGAGGGCUGCGAGCAGAUGAGGAGACUCCAGGCCAGCCUCGAGGACGAGGAGGAACGCCUGGUGGCCAUCGAGGCCUCGCUCAGCGGAACGGCUGCCGAGGCGCUGGAGCGGCUCGGCCAGCUGCGGGGCCGGCUCGCGGCCCGGCCAGUCGCGGCGCCCCCGUCGGAGUCGGGCCUCUCGGCGGCCAGCCGCACGGAGUCUGUCAAGUCGCGCGGCGGGACCAAGGUGCGCACCUACCCCCUCCCGCAGGUACCGCACGCGGGGGUGGAGGUCCACACGUUCCCCUUCGAGCCGCAGAGACCCAGCUGAGCUCGUCGGGGCCACCGCCCCACCGGCGCUUCCCUGCCCCGCUGUGGCGAAUACGAGGUAAACGGCGGCAACUGUUUUUCCCAUACGGUAGAUUAGUGUUGUCUCGGCGCCGCCGCAGCGCGAGCGGGCGGUUGCGAUUGAAGACCUCCGGCAGCCUUCCAGGACUCCUGAGAGCGGAGAUCGUUCAAGACUGAACGGUGCACGCGGCGACAGAAGCCAACGCCCACGCCGUCGUGGAGGAUCGUGCCGUCCUCAGCCACUGCCACUGUGCCUCCCGCGCGUCCCCACCCCGCGGCUCUUGCCCCGACUCCAGCACCACCAGAGACAGGACAGAAUGCAACGUUGUGAGUGGUCCCGCGCCUGGGUGCCCCAGUGGGGCUGUUGGCCUCUCUAAGCGCAAUGAUUCCAGCCCUUCCGCCGGCAAGAUCCUUUGCAUGGUCUCCGAGCCUGCACUCCCCGCCUUCUCUCACCCACAUGCCGCCCG